AUCAUGUAGGCGAGUGACGUCAGACAGGAACCAGUGGAAGGGAGCUUGACAAAUCAAGAUGGCGUCCCACGCUGAAGCAGGAAAGAGAUUCCAGUUAAAAUAAAACUCUCCCAGAGCAUAGUUUACAUUUGAGUGCCACCUCGACAAGACGUCGUCUGAAUUUUGUAAAAAAAAAGAAGACGGAGCAGAUACAGUCUCUAAAUGGCUGCGAGGAAGUCUGGAUCAGAUGCAUACAACAAUGGACCCAUCAGCUACCUUGAUGAAGUUCCCUUCAAGAUCAAUGACAAAUUCCGCUGCCCGGCCAAAGUGGGCCUGCCUGUCGGUUUCUGUCUCCCAGACUGCAACUCUAUGCUGGCGGACUCACAGUUUGACUUCUCUCUGGAGAGGCGAAGUGUGCGCUGGGGGGUUGAACUUGCCGAGGCCAGAGCAGCAGAAGCCAGAGCAGCAGAGGACGCAGCCAAGCAGGAGGCAGAGCGCCAGGAGUGUGCAGCGCAGGAAAUGGAUGGCGGUGGAGGGAAGAAACGGCGGUCCGCUGCAGAGGACCAGGACCUUUUACCACCAGCACUGAACCCUGUCCUUGCAGGAUUCAGCCACAACGCCAUCCUUACCCCAAUGCCUGCCUCGAGCCUUGGCCCCAGGAAAAUCCAGCCUAGCAUUCCUCAGCUUCACAGACUCAACCUAGCUGACUUUGAGCGGGAGGAAGACCCAUUUGACAAGGUGGAGCUCAAAACUUUGGACGAUAGGGAGGAGCUCAGGACCAUCCUCCAGAGCCAGCCUCAACCUCAACCUCAACCUCCUCCUCCUCCCUCUGUUUCCCCACCAGAGGUAUCCCAGACAGGCUCACGUGGAAACAGCCCGCCUCCCCCGAGCACCAACACCAGCAUCACAUCCAAACCCGGCUUCACCCAUAAACCCAAUGGGUUAGUUCCCUUGCUGGACAUGGACAGAGUUGGGCACCCUGGGAGAUCGAGUUUUGACACAGACGAUCGGCCUUGUAACAUCCGCUCUCUCACCUUCCCCAAGCUCUCUGACUCUGGUGACCCAGAGCCAGUGAGGUACCACCCCCACACUGCACCCACCCCUGCUCCCCGACAGAACCUACCCAACGGCAGCCCAACCACCGUACCCAAGACCGAAGUUAUCGUUGCCCCUGAGCCAACCAGCCACACCAAGAGUGGCGCACCAAAACCGCUCCACCCAGGGUCAGGAACUGCUGGCCUGCCGUGCGGCGGGGCCCUACUCAGCAUGACCCCCAGCGAGCGGCAGUGUGUGGAAACACUCGUGGGCAUGGGCUACUCGUAUGAGGGCGUCUUACGGGCCAUGCAGAGACAAGGGCAGAACGUGGAGCAGGUACUGGAUUACAUGUUUGUCCAUGGGCGUCUGUGUGAGCGGGGCUUCGAUUCAAGUGCAGUGGAGGAAUGUUUAGAGAUGUACCAAUGCUCGGAGGAAAAGGCCUUGCAGUUCCUUGAGCUUAUGUCGAGAUUUGGCGAGAUGGGAUUUCAGCGCGAUGCCAUCAAAGAGGUGCUGCUGGUUCACAACAAUGACCAGGACAAGGCUCUAGAGGACCUGAUGGCUCGGGCUGCAGCUAGCUGAGCCAAGCACACAGCCAACCAAAGCCCAGACAAGGGCCUUGCCUCCCCCGCUACUGCCCAACACAGCCCUUUCCCUUCUGCCGCCCCAUCACACCAUGCCCUGCCCUUUGCCUUGGCUGUGGAAGGGACAGCUGGGAGACAGUUGUAUUUCUCUCUGUGCUAAAACGUAUCGUGUCUCAGCACUUCUUAAAGACUGUGUGCCUAGAGUGGAGGGGGGGUCAAACAAUACUUUAACGGUGGUGUUCAUUUUCUAAGAAGUCAUUGGCAUUAAGUUCCAGGAUUUUGUGCUGUGAGGGUAUUCAAGAAUGGGAGGAAUGACUGAGCUCUAAAGGAGAAACUGGAAGAAUUGGGCUGCAGUCUUUCUAUUGCUGUUCCGAUUUGCUUCAACUUGGAAGUGUGCAGGCAAAGGACCGAAAGGGGACCUGGUGACAGACUCUGAGCACAUUACAGACCCGUUUAUACACUUAAAACUCCAAAUCAACUAAGCUGCCAUCUUCCACUGCUCUGUGCAGACCUAUUAUAUGGGGGCGGUGGUUUGGGGGGGCUUGAGGAAGCUUUCUUUAACUGGACUUACAUUUAAAGUAAAAAAAAAAAAAAAAAGUAAAAAAAAAAAGCCUAGUCGCCAGGCAGACAACUGACUCUCAAAAAGUGCACUCUCUGCUCUGUUGCCCUAGUUCUACUCUUUCAUGCAUUCAUGUCUGUUUUUCUGUUCAUUUGGGCACUUUUUUUCAUGUCUUUGAUUUCUGUUUUGGGAACUGCAUAUUAGACGUUUACUUCACUAUAACUCAGAACGUAAGAGAUACUUCUACCCCAGUUCGCUCUUUGACCUGCACUGGAAUGGCCUGUUUUAGAGGGUGAGGAGAAAUUGGGAACGUUCCUGUGUAAUAAGAAAUAUCCCAUAAUCCACUGGCACUGAUGUGUCACAUACUGCACAGGCACACGUGUUUCAUAAUUAUCGACUUAUUUAUAUAGUUCACUGAUACUUUCAUUUACAAUUAAAGAGUUUGCUAUGAUAAUGUAAGAUAUGUUAACUCACUUUUAACCGUCAUCGACUUCUGUUCUCAGACUGGAAAGGAGUGAGUGGUUUAAAAAUAGAAACAAAAUGUGAGCGAGGGUUGUUUUUGCAACCACAUCACAGUGCAAUAGAGACAUUUCUUAUUGAGUGACUGUUGACUGGAGCUUUUAGCCUCAGGUAAUUUUUCGGGGAUGAGGAAUGGUCUACAAGCCUUGCUGGAAAUGUGGAUCUUACUAGAAAAGGUUUGAUUUCGGUCUCCCAUCAUCUAUUCAUUUGCCACAAAAUCUAAUCAUACAUGGUUGACACAUCCACUUUCUUUUUUCUCAUGUGUAAUAUGAUAGGAUUGUUUAUGUUGAUUUUAGGUGUGUUGCCAUCACCACAGUCUUAAAUGGAAAAUUCCACAUGUUAAUUGGGUGUAAUUGUUUAAAAGAAGGCCAGGAUCCUUUUAUUUUUAUAGUAUGUGUCUGAGUUCCAUGAUAAGUAAAAAGCGUGUGUGCUGUGUUGCACCAAAGGCAGAAAUGGGAGACGUUUCCAUAAUAAGGAGCUCUGUUGUCCUGAUGGGGAUUGUUGGAGGCGUGGUGACAGAUUAAGGGCUUAACCAAAAGCAAACUUUGCUUUGGGUGGGUCCAGUACUUUGAAUUGAAAAAACAAAUUGUAUUAACCACCAAAUUAUUUUUAGAACAACCCCUGGUUUGACAAAUCUAAAUAUAGUGCAGUUUUUUCCCAAUACAGACUCAAUCAUUCUCCACUUAAUGUACCAUUCAAAUCAAAUGUGUUAGCACGUGCUUUCAGGAAAUGAAUCUUUGUGAGAAUAUCGAGAGAAAAAAAAUACAAAUAUCUCAGUGCUUAAGGGAUACACAUCAUCAUAAAUAUGUCCUUCGAUCCGUUUUCCAAUAGGACAAUAGAGGGAGCAGGCAAACAACAUGACAAGGCAAUGUGUCACGUUGGACCUAGUAUCAUUAAUUAAGCCUGCUGCUUUGUCUGGAUACGUGGUUGACGUGAUCGACAAAUAGGCAUUUUCAUCCAGUUUUCUUUCUUCCUUCAUUUACUGUGAUACAUAUAAAGGUUCACUCACUUUACAGACAAACACACAAGUGGUAUUAUUGUCGCCUUGCAUAACUAAAGCGUGAUUUCCUUAAUCUUACAUAAAGCAAGUUUAUGUCCACUUGCCUCUCUGACAGCCACAAAGGUUGGAGUGAAUGCAGUAUAGCAGGUUCUGGGCCUCCUCCAGAAACGCCUCCUCCCGUUUCUGUUACGAUGUCCUAGUGAUGAAAAGCAACUGGGGUCUCGUGUUCAAGGGUUUAUAUAUCCAAUCCUCUAAGCUACAGCAUAAUUGAACAUGGAAUGCUAACAAAUCUAAUGGACAUUGAAAUAUCAUAAUGGUAAAAUAAGAGGUGGCUGAGUUGAGUCUUAUUUCUCAAGUUCCUGAAAAGUGAUUUUCGAAAUGUUCAAUUUCCUCUUGGAUGAUUUGGAAACUCCUCACGAUUAAAUGUGCACAUCUUUCCAGUGGUGAGACUGUU